GUAAACAUGGGAGGUUACUGGGAAAUCGGAGUUCUCCUUCUGGGCUGUGUCCUUAUGGGCAAUGCCUGUAAAUAUUCCUGUGUUUAUAAGCAACAGUGCUCAGUAGAAGCCCCUAAAUUCAACUACCGCCAAAGUGAUUGCAUUGCUCCCCAAAUUUGCUGUGCAAUUCAACUAGAGAAUGCUUUUAAUCCGGUUCCAAAAGAUCCCGGAGUCAGUGGUUAUCCAGGAUCACCCCAGACUGGUGUCCAACCUAGUGCUUCUGGUCAAAACCCGUGGCCAGUAAACCAGAGUGGUCAAGGUGCAGCAGCUCAACCAAGUGAAUAUGGAGAUCCACCAAGAGGUUCAGCCGGAAACAAUUUAAAUCAAGAAAGAAGGGAUUUCCAGGACGCAGCUCAACCAAGUGGAUAUGGAAACCAACCAGGAGGUUAUCCAGGAUCUACUCAGACUGGUGUCAGACCAAGUGCUCCUUCGAAAAACUCGUGGCAGGCAGGCAACGUUGGUCAAGGUUCAGCCGGAAACAAUUUAAAUCAAGAAAGAAGGGAUUUCAAGACCGAAGGCGCAGUUAAUUUAAAUCAGGGUAGAAAGGACAUACCAGUCUACAGUGGAUAUCCAGGACAUGUGCAAACUGUUGUCAAACCUACUGCUCCAACUCAAAACCAGUAUGCAGAAGGCAACGUUGGUCAAGGUGCAGCAGCUCCACCAAGUGGAUAUGGAGAUCAACCAAGAGGUUCAGCCGGAAAUAAUUUAAAUCAAGAAAGAAGGGAUUUCCAGGACGCAGCUCAACCAAGUGGAUAUGGAGAUCAACCUAGAGGAUCUGGGCAGACUGGUGUCAGGCCUAAUGCUCCUGCUCAGAACACAUGGCCAGUAAGCCAGGGUGGUCAAGGUGCAGCAGCCCAACCAAGUGGAUAUGGUUCAGCCGGAUAUGGAGAUCAAACUAGAGAACCUACUCAGACUGGUGUCAGACCUAGUCCUCCUUCUCAAACCCCGUGGCAGGGAGGCAACGGUGUCCUCGGUGCAGCAGCUCAACCAAAAGGACAUGGAGAUCAACCUAAAGGUCCUACACAAACUCAGCGGCCAGCAAAUAAGCCAAUAGGACAUGGAAAUCAACCAACUCCGGCGGCAGGAGCCAAUGGUCAUAAUGGAGCAGGCCAGACUCAACACUGCGGUAUAAGCAACGCAAACGGCUUGGGCAAUUACAAAUCAAUCACUAAGGACCAAGCGAGACCUGCGGAGUUCCCAUGGGUUGUGGCUCUGGUUAGCCAUAGCAUAUACCUUGCGGGCGGCUCCCUCAUUCGCCCAUCGGUUGUCCUGACAGUUGCCCAUGUACUGAUAAAUCAAACCGAGGACGAUCUUGUGGUCAGGGCUGGCGAAUGGAACACAGCCACCGAAGAAGAGAGCUUCCAAUUUGAAGAACGCCUUGUGGGUAAAAUAAAGCGCCACGAAGGAUAUGAUUUUUAUACCGGCUCCAACAACUUGGCACUCCUCCUGCUAAAAUCUGCGUUCCCGAUGAAGGACCACAUCGGAACUAUCUGUUUGCCUACACCAAGCCCGUUUGUUCCACGUCGCUGCAUUGUUGCUGGUUGGGGUAAGUUGAACUACCAAUCGGAGGACUAUUCGACCAUACUGAAGAAAGUGGAAGUGCCCUUGGUGGACAGAGCCAGAUGUCAGCAACAGUUGAGGAGUACCAGCUUGGGCCAUGACUUUGAGCUGCCCCAGAGUCUCAUUUGCGCCGGAGGUGAGCUCAACAAUGAUGCCUGCACAGGAGAUGGCGGAUCUGCCCUGUUCUGCCCCGUUGGAGAACCCGACUCAGGACUCUACGAGCAGGUUGGCAUCGUGAACUGGGGCAUGGAGUGUGGCCGGAAGGAUGUCCCGGCAACCUACACAGAUGUGGCUAUGUUCAGGCAUUGGAUUGACCAGAAGCUGCUUCCUUUUCAAUACAGAAGUUCAGAAAGACCAUUACACCAAUAAGAAAUUACUUAAUGGAAAAAAUGCAUUAAUAUAUGUUUAAUGCAGUAACGUGGUCUAUCAACAUUAAUAAAGAUCUGUAUAAAUAACA